AUGUUCGACAAGGUCGUGAACUAUCUUCGCAAGCAGCGCUCUCGAGCCCGUGGAAGCCACCAAGCCCGCGGGCUUUCGCCAGAGCAAGAGGCCGUCCGCCCAACCGCUAGUGGCACACACCUCGCACGCCGUCGCCAGGCUAUAUAUUAUGAUUUCUCAAUCCCUCAGUCGGAAUCUGGGGAGUUCGGGGAUCUAUGGCACGCUUACGCUGCUCACGAGUUGGCGGUAGCAUCCCAAAUGCAGGAUCAGUUUACCCAUGAGGAGGACUUCUCGGCCGGCCAGGAUGUAAUCGUGGAUACUCCCCCUCAAGGCAGGCGGUGGAACUCCUUCUCCCACGGCAUCAGCAAGCUCCCCGACGAACUUCUCGUUCAGGUUUUGCUCUACUCUCAACAGAACCAAAAUAUGUUGCUCGUCUACCUCAUCGACACAGAGCAGUGGGUCCGUGAGUUCACGACCCGCGUCCGAACGCAUACGCCGCCCGAACUAUCGCUCACCGGCGAAGUCGUCGUCGGCGAUUUCGACAAUACCCCCAUCAGCCGCCGGGGGCUCCUGCUCGCACCCGCAACACCCUUCUUCCCGGACAGCGGCGCCAGACUACACAUCCACGCGACUCGCACCACGGUCAUGCUCACCGACUGGGCCCGCACCCCAGAGGGCGCGGGCCACAAGAUCUACAACGCCCACACCCCCAACGGCUUCUCGGCCGCGAUCCUCCGCAGCCCCACCAUGUUCUGCUUCCCGUCCUCCUCAUUGUCUAUACUCGACAUCAGCGUACCCAUGCACGACAUGGACCGCGACACGCUCGACGCGUACCUCGAGGGCGCCCCGCGCCUGCAGUGGCUGCACAUCGGCUGCGGGAAGGACGCGAGCCACGCGCUUCCGGCGUACGUGUUUGACAUCCUCGCGGCGUGUCCGUAUGACUCCGUGGAUGAGGCACUCUACCCGGCGCGGUGGCCGGAACUGACGUAUCUCGGGCUGGGAGGGCUGGACUGGGACGGCGGGGCGGUGAUGGACGCGGCGCUGCACUGCCUGAGGAUCCGGGAGGCGGACGGUGCGCGGCAGCUGGAGUAUUUGGCCAUCCGCGUCAGGCCGCGGCACAAAGAGGGGAAGCCUGAGGAGCGGGGUCGAAAUGGUAUAAUACGCAAGGUCUGCAGGGAGUCAGAUGAUCCAUACCAGGACGCCACUGCUCACAAGAUGGACGAGGCGACCCAUUCACAGGACGAAUACAUGCCUGAGUUCACGUCUGGGGAAGAACUCGCGCCGGAGGAAUCCACGCUAGAGGAGGAUUUCGCGGUGGAGUUCACGGAGGCUGACUCCGCGCCAGAGGAGGGAUACCAGACCGGCAACAACACGAUCGCGGAUACGUUCGCCCUUCGUAGGAAGUGGAACUCCUUCGCCUCCAUCAGCAAGCUCCCCGACGAAGUGCUCGUUGAGGUUUUCCUUUGCUCAUGGACAAAGAACUACUAUGCUGGGGCGUACGAAUGGGACAUUGGUCUUGUCGAGCUCACCCGAAACAUGCUGUUCGAUUCAACCACUCUGGCCUCCCUGCUUCCAGAGAUGUUGCCCCAUCGCGGUCGAAUCCGCUCGCUAGAGCUGGAAUAUGACGGAUCCGAUACUCAAAUUUCGGCUAUAUCUGUCAUGAUUCAAGCCCCCUUCAAUUCCCUCGCAAAACUUGCUAUCAAUUUUGCCAAACCCGGUCGUCGACUCCGUGGCCGCCGUCAUUUUGUCAUCCUCCCGGAACUCUACCCACAGUUGACGGACCUUACCUUGGUAGCCGGUCAUGUCCAAUGGACCGCGUCCUUCCUAUCUCAACUCACGGCUUUGUCUCUCAACGACUGUUCUGUGUGCUCCUCCGCCAUGGACUGGGACACCUUUUUGGAUGUGCUCCAACACGGACAGCGCCUUGAGACCCUCGUACUCAAAGGCUUCAUGGGUGCAGUCUGCUCGCCGGACAUCCCUUCCCGAAUUCGGCAACCAUUCCCCCUCGCGCAGCUGGAUACCAUUUUCAUCGUCGAUACAGAGCAAAUGGUCCGACAGUUCCUAGCAUGUGUGCGGACGCCCACGCCGCCUGAGUUGGCACUUACCGGCGAAGUUGACACCGGCCAUCUCGACGGUGCUCCUAUCAGCCAUCGGGGGCUCUUGCUGGCACCCCAGGUGCCUUUCUUCGCAGACAAUGGCGUACGGCUCCACAUCCACGGCGGUGCCACUGCGUUAAUGUUUACCGACUGGCAUCGCGGUUCAGUGGUAUCGCGGUACGAGUCCUCCGUCUUACCUCUCCCCUACUCGGCCGCACUCUUUGGUAGCCUUUUCGUGGACGCAUUCCCGCGGACCUCGAUAUGUAUGCUCGACCUCAAGGUCCCCAUGCGCGACAUGGACCUCAAGAAGCUUAACAUGUACAUCGAAGGGGCCCCGGACUUGCGGUGGCUGCACAUCGGCUGCGGUAAGGACGCCAGUUACCCGCUUUCGGUAGCACAUGUAUUCGACGCCCUCACGACGAGUGCGCUUAACCUAUAUGAAGCUUCCGCGGUACCGUGCCGGAAUCUGACCUACCUGGGGCUGGGAGGGCUAGAUUGGGAUGGCGGGGCAGCCAUGGAGAUGGUGAUCGACUGCCUGAGGAUCCGGGAGGCACGGGGCGCACAGCAGCUGGAACAGUUGGCAAUCCGCGUGAGGCCACGACCUCCCAAUGAGGGGGAGAUGGACGGUGGGUGGGAGGAAGUGGACCUGUCGUACGCUGAGGAGCUGGAGGACAUGGUGUCGUGCGAGGUCUCGUUCGCAGUCGGCCCUGACCCACACGGGGUCUAUUAG